CUGCGCACUGUGCCGCCGGCCCUCCCGGAAGCGCAGAGCUCGGCUCGCGCCACGUCUAUCCCCUUACAUCCUCCCAGGACCCGGUAGCCGCCGCCUCAGCCCGCGGGGGCGCAGCGCCCGAGCCGCGGCCCUCGAGACGGGACCGAGAGCAUCAUGGGCAGCACUGUCCCGCGCUCCGCCUCCGUGCUGCUUCUGCUGCUGCUCCUGCUCCAGGCCGAGCAGCCCCGCGGGGCCGAGCUCACCUUCGAGCUGCCGGACAACGCCAAGCAGUGCUUCCACGAGGAGGUGGAGCAGGGCGUGAAGUUUUCCCUGGAUUACCAGGUCAUCACUGGAGGCCACUACGAUGUUGACUGCUAUGUGGAGGACCCCCAGGGGAACACCAUCUACAGAGAAACCAAGAAGCAGUACGACAGCUUCACGUACCGGGCUGAAGUCAAGGGCAUUUAUCAGUUUUGCUUCAGUAAUGAGUUUUCCACCUUCUCUCACAAGACCGUCUACUUUGACUUUCAAGUGGGCGAUGAGCCUCCCAUUCUCCCAGACAUGGGGAACAGGGUCACAGCUCUCACCCAGUGUCCCAAUGCUUCACCAACACCAACACCGCCACUAAGGGUUCCAGUGUGAUCACCAUCUGGGAUCUACCUGUUCCAACUGCUUGUUUACCUCCUGUGCAUGCUCCAUGGGACAUGGCUCUUUGCCUAUAGAUCGCCAGGUACCCACAGCUUUACUGCCAUGGUGCACUUCACUUCCUGCCUUGUCCACUCUCACCUGCACCAGUUAUUGCUUACCUGGUAAUCAGUACAGUCCGAUCUUCAGGGACCAUCCAGCUACCCAAUUUCCAAUGUGGCUGCCAGUUUGCUAUCUUGUUUUGGAAAAUGUUUUAAGGCUGUUGAAGAUUAUAUCUAUUUGAUCCUUUGUGCCCUUAGAUGGAGAAAAGAAAUGUAUUGAGUAGAAGCUCUGAAAGUUUGGAAGGUCCCCCACACCAUCCUCAGGUUCAGAGUUUCACUAGAUGAACUCACAGAACUCAGCAAGCCAAUUUACCCAUGGUUAUAGUUUGUUAAAGCAGAAGAAUACGUUUGAAAAUCAACAAUAAGAAAAGGUGCAAAAGGUAAAGUCUAGGAGAGACCAGGAAUGGAGCUUCCCACUUGUCGCUCCCCCGUGAAGUCAUACAGACUGCAUUUAUCUCUCCCAGCAAUGAUGUGUGACAGUAUGCCUAGGGUAUUGCCAAUUAGGAGAGUUCACUUGAGUCUCAGUGUCCAGAGUUUUUAUUGAGGAAUCAGUCACAUAGAUAUGGCUAGCCAUCCAUACAACUGACUUUGAUCUCUAGCCCCUCCAGAGAUAAAGCUGAUGUUGUGUUGUCCAAGGACCUCACCAUAAAUCUUAUGGUUAGUACAGACUAUCUGGCAUGGCCCAAGGUCCUAGGUAUAUAAAGACACUCUUAAAAGUCAGGACCUUCCAAGGGCUUAAAUGUUACCUUCCAGAAACUGGGGGUAAAGAGCCAAAACUUUCUUUGGGUUAAUCCUUUACUGCAUAAGCUCUAAGACCCCAAUAAUUCAUGGCCCCCUUUCUGGGGAAUGAUUCAGCCCAGAGAAGAGAUCGGAGAAACCCACCUCCCAUCAUCAAAGAGCUCCUGGAUGUUCCAUCAAGCAAACCUGUGGGAGAAAAUUCAGUGUUCCCAUGGAGAUGGUGGUGUGACCUAAGCUGGCUCAGAGGUUCUAAAAGCUUCUUCUCAAACAUUGGCAAGGUCACAGGUACCCAAUAAGGUACAUCUUCCCUUUCCUUCAACAGUCCAAAACCUCUAGGACUCUCUCGAGGCAGUGAUUAAAACUAAACGAAGGACUUGAAGGAUAGGAGGGAUUCUGAACAGGGUAGAAAUAAAUAGUAGUGUGGGAUAUUGGUAUAGUUUUCUUGGAAGAGGUAAUAUUUGAGUAGAAUCUUGAAAAAUGAGUAGAUGUGUAAAUGCUGCAAGUAAAGGCAAAGGUAUAUACAUUGUGGGAAUAGGAAAGAGUGUGGCACAUCUGGGAAUGAUGAGGGGCCUUAUGCAGCUAGGGGAGUCUAUUGGUCAGACAUGAGGCUGGAGAUGGUGCAAGGGCUACAUAGGGAAGGGCUUCAUAUGUGAUGCCAAGGGGCACAGACUAUACUGUGAUUCCCUGGCAGUAUAGCUGGUGGGACAAAAAGAAAUCAAACUCAACAAAGUUCCUCUCUUGUCUACCAUGUGUAUACUCAAGUAGGUGAUGAGAUUGUAGGAAGAAGGUAGGAUAUAAUAGCAGAUAAUUGGGUAGCCAUAUAGAAAAAUCAAAUCAAAUUUGACCUUUACCUUAUAAAACAUAUAAAAAAACAACCCA